AUGAAUUAAGAGGGAAUUUAAGAUGAUUAAAAUGAUUAAUAGAAGAGAAAGAAUAGAAAAAGAGUAAUUUCAAAUCCCAAUUAAUAAACAGGUCAUUGGAAUGAAUAAGAACAUUAAACUUAUAUUGAUUUUUUGAAUAUGCAUAGAUCUGUAAUGGAAUCAUAAGACCAAAAGAAGGCAAGUAAAAUAUUUAAGUUGAUGAGUGAAACUAUUGGUACUAGGAGUCCAUCUUAAUGCAGGUUCUUAAUUUAUUAUUAUUAUUAUUAUUAGAUCUCAUCAUUAAAAGUUUAAUCCUUUUGUUCAUUAAAUAAAAAAGAGAUAAAAAAGGAAAAUAGAAAAUUAAAAUACAGUAAAUAAGAAUGA